AAACAAAGGCCGGGACACUCGCCGCCUGACGAGUUACAUAAGACUACCAAGAUGCCACUUCAUGAGUGCUCGCCUACGGCAUCGACUAAGAAGCGGAAAAUGGAUGUGAUAGCGGAAGAUGCGCCACGCAAGAAGACCAAGAAGGUCACCUUCGACGUGCCACCAUCGUCGUUUUCGCAGACCGAACAGAAAGAUGCGGACUCGGACUAUGCCGACAUUCUCACCAGCGAAGAUCCCUUGAUGUCAGAGUCGACUAUGAGCGAGGCUAGUAAGAAGAAGAAUGCAGCCGCUGUGCAGGUCAACAGGACGAAGGUCACCGGCACAGCAGAGGCGCACGACGGACCAAUUAUCACCACAUCUCAGCAGUCAGGACGGAAAAGAAAAGCGACGUCAGCAGAAGCUUUGGAGGAGAAGCCUGCAGAGAAGAAGACUAGGAAUAGGGAGUUGCAAGACCUUGGACCUUUGCCCUCUACGCCAUCACCGGGUGGACCGGCAAGACGCACCAGAAAUGCAAAAGCUAAAGCUGGGAAGUAGUAGUGCUUCACCGCUGAGCAGGCAGCGCAGAUACAUAAGCAUUAUGAUAGUGGGCAGGCCGAUUGAAAGCGUUUCGUAGGCUAGCUUAUGCACGCUCGCAUGACUGGAUAAUCAUGAAUUGCAACUCAAAGGUCUGCACC